UUGCGAUCACGUGACAGGCCAGGUCCAGUGAGAUCACGUGGUGUGUUUUGUUGACGGUUGUCCCUACAUUUUGCGAUGCGUUCACGGGCAGCUGCUGCAAUGUCGCCCCGCUAGCAGGCACCGGAGCGGACCGAAGGAGAGCAGCACCAGACACCCGGACCCGGGCCGCAGACUACACGUCCUGCCGGGUCACUCAUGCCGAGCCGGGCCGAGCCUCGGCGGUGUCGGUGAAGAGAAGAAGCCCCCGCAGUGAUGCUGUCGAUGCGGGUUUGAGACAGAGGAAGGAGGAAGUGCUUUUCACCUCGACAGGAGCGCAGCUUGGUGAAGUCCACGUGUCCGGACCGUUGAUUUGAAAGGAAGCUGAAGACGAACCGUCACCGGGUCCGUUCACGCGCAGAAGUCUGACGGGACCGAGCCCUGCACACUGAUCCAAAAUGGCUAUCGCGAGACAAUUUGGACUGCUGGUGUGGAAAAACUAUCUUCAGCAGAAACGUCAAAUCCUGGUAACUCUGGUGGAGAUACUCCUGCCCUUGCUGUUCUCUGGCAUCCUCAUCGUGCUGCGUCAGAAAGUGCCUUUUGAGGAUUACCCGAAUGCCACGGUCUAUGGGAGCUACACUGUCGACGCACUCCCCACGUUCUUGCAACGCUUGCAGCUGGCCUACGUGCCCGGUAACUCCAGUGUGGUGCGCCAGGUGGCGGAGAACGUGCGAGUCAGACUGUCUCUCUCCUCAGUGCGUGGCUUUGAAACAGAGGAGCAUUUGGACCACUACGUGAUGCAUGACCCUCGGUCAGGGAAGCUGCUGGCUGCGGUGGUGUUCGAGCACGCUUUCCAUGACGAUGAACCUAUGCCUUUAAAGGUGCGCUACCACCUGCGGUUCUCCUUCAGCCCGCGCAAUGCCCCAAUCAAGGAGAAGUCGGAGCUGAACCCGAACAGUGACCUGGACUGGCACACACACGGCCUCUUUCCCCUUUUUCUAAUGCCAGGGCCAAGAGAGCAGCAUGACAAUGAUGGGGGCACGCCAGGUUAUAAUCGAGAGGGCUUUCUGGCGGUGCAGCAUGCAGUGGACAGAGCCAUCAUGCAUUCAUACAACAGCACUGCUGCUGCCCCUCUGCUGCCACAGGUCAGAGUGGUCCUGUCACGGUUUCCGUAUCCUGCCUUUAUAUAUGACGUCUUCAUCCUGGCCAUUCAGAACCAACUGCCCCUACUUAUGGUGCUCAGCUUCACGUACACAUCCCUCAACAUUGUACGAUCCGUCGUGCUGGAAAAGGAAAGGAAGCUCAAGGAGUACAUGAGGAUGAUGGGUCUCAGCAACUGGCUCCACUGGACCGCCUGGUUCCUCAUGUUCUUCCUCUUCCUCUCCAUUUCAGUCUUUUUUUUUACCUUGCUGGUCUGUAUCAAGGUGAGCCCUAACGGCGCAGUGCUGAGCUACAGUGACCCCACACUGGUCUUUGUCUUCCUGCUCUUCUUCACUGUGGCCACCAUCAACUUCAGCUUCAUGAUCAGUGCCUUCUUCUCACGAGCCAACGUGGCAGCAGCAGCGGGCGGCUUCAUUUAUUUUCUGAGCUACUUGCCUUAUUUGUUCCUGUGGCCACGCUACGACUUACUGAGCCAUGCCCAGAAGGUGUCAGCCUGCCUUAUCUCCAACGUGGCCAUGGCCAUGGGUGCUCAGCUCAUUGGAAUAUUCGAAGGCAAAGGCACAGGAAUCCAGUGGUCUAACCUGUUUGACCCUGUCACUGUGGAUGACGACUUCUCCAUGGCCCAGGUUAUGGCCUUGCUGCUGUUCGACUCUGUGCUUUAUGGGCUGGUAGCCUGGUACAUGGAAGCAGUUUUUCCCGGGGAGUAUGGAGUGCCUCUACCAUCCUACUUCUUUGUACUGCCUUCCUACUGGUGCAGCAGCCCUCGCAUGGCUCUCGUGAAUGAGAAAGAGGAAGAGGAGGAUGCAGAAAAGGCUCUGAAAGGAGAGUUUAUAGAGGAGGAACCAGCUGGAUUAGUCUCUGGGAUCAAGAUCAAACACCUUGUUAAGGAAUUCAGAGUGGGCAACAAGAUGCGUACAGCGGUGCGGGAUCUGACGCUGAACAUGUUUGAAGGACAGAUCUCGGUGCUGCUGGGACACAAUGGUGCUGGGAAGACGACGACGCUGUCCAUGCUGACAGGUCUUUUUCCUCCCACCAGUGGCAGGGCCUACAUCAACGGUUACGACAUCUGUCAGGACAUGUCUCUGAUCCGCCGCAGUUUGGGACUCUGUCCCCAGCACGACGUACUAUUUGAUAACCUCACAGUCAGAGAGCACCUGCUUUUCUUCGCACAGUUGAAAGGCUACUCCAAAGACAAGAUUCCAGACGAAGUGGACAGAAUCCUCCGUAUCCUGAACCUUGAGGACAAGCGGCACGCUCGCUCCAAGACCCUCUCUGGUGGCAUGAAGAGAAAACUCUCUAUUGGCAUUGCCCUCAUUGGAGACUCCAAGGUUGUAAUGUUAGAUGAGCCCACAUCGGGUAUGGACCCCUCAGCUCGACGUGCCACCUGGGACCUCCUGCAAGGGGAGAAGCGGGGUCGCACCAUUCUGCUCACCACGCACUUCAUGGAUGAGGCUGACCUGCUCGGAGACCGUAUCAUCAUCAUGGCAGGAGGAGAGCUGCAGUGCUGCGGGUCACCGCUCUUCCUUAAGAACAAAUAUGGUGCUGGCUACCACAUGGUGAUAGUAAAGGAUGCUCUUUGUAACGUGUCCGAGAUCACCCGCCUUGUCCACAUGUAUGUUCCAAACGCCACGCUGGAGAGCAGCGCCGGAGCCGAGCUCUCCUACAUUUUGCCCAAAGAAAGCACCAACAGGUUUGAGCUGCUGUUCGCUGAGCUGGAGAUGAACAGAGAGGAACUGGGCAUCGCCAGCUACGGAGCCUCUGUCACCACCAUGGAAGAAGUUUUCCUCAGAGUGGGAAAGCUGGUAGAUUCCAGUUUGGACAUCCAGGCUAUCCAGCUGCCCGCCCUUCAGUACCAACAUGAGAGACGGUCCAAUGACUGGACCACAGACGACGCCAGCAGCAUCAGCGGCAUGACCGAUGUCACCGACUUCACAGACAGCGGCACUCUCAUCUCAGAGGACUGCUCCAACAUCAAGCUCAACACGGGGGUCAGACUCCACCUGCAACAGUUCUAUGCCAUGUUCCUGAAGAGGGCGCUUUACAGCUGGAGAAACUGGAAGGUGAUGGUGGCUCAGUUCCUGGUUCCUUUGGUCUUCACUGUCGUGGCCUUAGUUGUGGCACACACUUUCCCCAGUCACCAGAUCGCCCCUCAGCUGAGGCUGGCACUCAGCCGCUACGGUCCCACCAGGGUCCCUCUGGCUCUGCAGCCCGGGGCGAGUCCCCUGGCUUCUGCUCUGGCAAACGCAUACAGUUCACAGCUCCCCGCCCAGCUAGGCCAACUCAUCAACAUCACUGACUUCACUGAUUACAUCCUGAUCCAGGCAGAGGAGGAGGGAGGCAGCUUUAAUGAGCGCUGUGUGGUGGGUGCUGCCUUCCGUGGCCGCAGCAGCCAGUUUACUGAAGCCACAGCCUACUUCAACAACGAGGGCUACCACACACCUGCCACGGCUCUCAUGAUGGUGGACAACGCUCUGUUCAAACUUAUAGCGGGGCCAAAUGCUUCCAUAGAGAUGGGAAAUUACCCCAUGCCACUCAACCUGUCGGAGAUCGCCCAGGGCCGGCUGACAGAGGGUAAGACGGGCUUUGCCAUCGCCAUCAACCUGAUGUACGGCAUGGCCUCCCUCUCCAGCACCUUCGCCCUGCUGCUCGUCACAGAGUCCGCUAUUAAGUCCAAGCACGUGCAGCAGGUCAGCGGCGUCUACCUGUCAAACUUCUGGUUUUCGGCGCUGCUGUGGGACAUGUUCAACUACCUGCUGCCCUGUCUCCUCAUGUUGGUGGUAUUCCGGGCGUUUGCAGUCAAGGCCUUCGUAGAGGAUAACCACCUGGUCGAUGUGUUGCUGUUGCUGUUGCUCUACGGCUGGGGGGUGGUGCCUCUUAUGUACCUACUCAGCUUUUUCUUCUCCACUGCUGCCACCGCCUACACUCGCCUGACCAUCUUCAACAUGAUCUCCGGCACGGCCACCUUCCUGGCUGUCAACAUCAUGGCCAUCCCAGAGUUGAAACUGCAGCACCUGUCACACUUACUGGAUAAGGUGUUCCUGAUCUUCCCAAACUACUGCCUCGGAAUGUCCUUCAGCCAGUUCUACCAGAACUACGAAUUCCUCUCUUUUUGUACAUCCAGCUUUGUUAGCGAGGAACUCUGCAAAUUAUACAACGUCACAUACCAAACAAACUUCUUCUCCAUGUCGGAGCCUGGUGUGGGACGCUUCCUCGUGGCCUUUUCGAUUCAGGGAGUGGUCUUCCUUAUUCUGCUGUUUACCAUCGAGCUGCAGUUUGGCCGCACACUCUGGAGAAUUGUCACCUCCCUGUGCAGACGACGCAAACAGUUACCUCUAGAUGCAGCGCUCCUUCCAGAGGACAGAGACGUGGCCGAUGAGAGGAAGAGGGUCCUGGAGUGCCAGCCGAUAAUAGAGUCUAUGGUCGGCAGCCCCCUUGUUCUGCAGGAGCUCAGCAAGGUGUACAGCAGCGGGACAAAUCUUCUGGCUGUGGACCGGCUGUCUCUAGCUGUUGGAAAAGGCGAGUGUUUUGGCCUCCUGGGCUUCAAUGGAGCAGGGAAGACCACGACCUUUAAGAUGCUGACGGGUGACGAGAGCGUUACCUCCGGGGACGCUUACAUUGAUGGAUACAGCAUUUUGAGGGACAUUAAAAAGGUGCAGCAGCGCAUCGGUUACUGUCCCCAGUUUGACGCCGUGUUGGACCACAUGACAGGAAGAGAAACUCUGAGUAUGUAUGCCAGGCUCAGAGGAAUACCAGAGAGGUAUGUGUCCGGCUGUGUGGAGAACGUCCUUAGGUCCCUGCUGCUGGAGCCUCACGCUGAUAAACUGAUCCGCAGCUACAGUGGUGGUAACAAGCGGAAGCUGAGUGCGGGCAUGGCUCUGAUUGGUGGGCCUCCGGUCAUCUUCCUGGACGAACCCUCGACUGGGAUGGACCCUGUGGCCAGGAGGCUGCUGUGGGAUUCGGUUACACGCACACGAGAGUCUGGCAAGGCCAUAGUCAUCACUUCUCAUAGUAUGGAGGAGUGCGAGGCCCUGUGCACCAGGCUGGCGGUGAUGGUCAACGGCCAGAUGAAAUGUCUCGGGAGUCCCCAACACCUGAAGAGCAAGUUUGGCAGUGGCUACACUCUGCUGGCUAAAGUGCACGUGGAGGCUGACCUGGAGGACAGUGACCUGCAUCUGUUUAAAGAAUUCAUUGAAAGCACUUUUCCAGGAAGUCAACUAAAGGAUGCACACCAGGGGAUGGUGCACUACCACUUGACUGACAAAACACUAACCUGGGCCCAGGUGUUUGGCACUUUGGAGGCAGCCAAAGAGAAAUACCGCAUUGAAGAUUACUGCGUGAGCCAGAUAUCCCUGGAGCAGGUGUUCCUCAGCUUUGCCCAGUUCCAGCACUGCAUAGAGAGCGGGAAGAAGUAGGUGGAAGAGGAGUCCGUCCAUCCAUCGUCCAUUUUACACUGUGUGAAUGUGGGUGGGUGGGUGUGUGUGUGUGUGUGUGUUGUGUGUGUGUGUGUGUGUGUGUGUGUGUAGAUGGACUUACAGUUACACAGCAGGUGUGUAUACUGCUGGAGCAGAGAAGGAUUUAUCUCCUGCUCCAUUUUAAUAUGACCAACGACACAUACACACACAUGUAGACACACACACUGGGCCAGUCCCUAAUCGUCACCUUCAUCAUUUCUACUACUGUAUCCUGUUGAUGUGUCUUUGCUGGCUCAUUCAUGCCGUUGUUAUUGUUGUUGUGCGAUGGGAAAGUAGGAAAUGGGAAUGUUGUUUAUUCCACGUGAUGAACUCUGAUGCACCUUUUUAGUGAGGUCAAAGGUCAUUGACACCACUCAUUAGAUACGACCACUACUCUUAAUUGUGUGUGUGUGUGUGUGUGUGUGUGUGUGUGUGUGUGUGUGUGUGUGCAGCUUGUCUUUUUGUUAUUUAUGAUUUUUAUUUUAUGAUUUUAUUUCAGAGACUUUGCGCGUUUUGGUGAUCGUGAGUCACCACGAGAGAGUGAACCCCUCUUAUUUGAUACGUUUAUGAAAAUGUAACACACCAUUACGCCUUAUCUAACUAAUGAGGGUUUGUGUAAUUAUAUUGCUCAAUAUAAAACAAUGUAAAUAAUGUUGCGUGUUCAUGGUACUAAAACCAGUUAGUCAUUCAAAACAGAGAAAAACUGUAACUCUUUUAAAGACUGUUUUUUUUGGGGGGGGGCUCAUUAACGAAUGCAUGCAUAAGAUACGACUUACCGAGCGCAUGAUGAUGCUGAUGAUGAUGAAGAUGAAGAAGAUGAAGAACACUGGAAGACCGUCCUUUCUGCAGAGGAAUACAUUCAGUCCAGUCUGAGUACAUAUAAUAUGCCUCUUUUAUGAACCGAUGAUUCUGUUUUCGCUGACAAACAAGUUACAGCAUCAGUUUAGGUCUCAGCCAUUCGAAAUUACGCAGAAGCUAUUUAGAGAGAAUCGCUGUAUGAUGCAGGCGAUGAUGCUGCCGCCAACGCUGUCGCAGUAAAACAGGAGGAAUUGACCUCCAGUUGUAUCAGACCGCAUGUGGAUCGAUUUGGACCAACAAGGGCAAGACUGCAAUGACCUAUGAGGCGUUUUUGAACGUUUAUUUCUUUUUUCCCCGCAGCUAUGCAUUUCAUAUGGUACACCUGUGUGUGUAUAAAUAUGUGUGUGUGUGUGUAAAUUAGUGUGUUUGUGUGUGAGGAAGUGAGAGAAUGACAACUCAUUAUUCCUGAUUUUAUCCAGACUAAAGUAAACCAGUGCUACGAUAUGAGAACCGAGAGAUUGUCCCUGUGCAGCGGACGAGCUUUACUGCUGUGUCACUUUUAGCGUGUAGCUGCUCCUUUUUAGGAAAUGCAAUAAAAAGGCUGAACAGUUGUAUGGAUGGUGAAAGCGAACACAGUCCCCUGCACACAAACGGAUGCCUUGUCCCUGAGGAAGAAUAAUCAGCGCAGUGUUUGUUUCUCUUUCAUCGAGCUCAGAAUGUGCCCCUUCGUCACAUUCCCAGGGCCUUGUUUCUACUUUAAAGAACCUGUAAAAACAUCACGUGUGUUCUAUUCCAUAGGAUUGUUAGGAUUUCCUCACACGUAAUGAUGAGGAACACAUAAUUGUUGUUUUUAUUUCCUGCUUGCCGUCCGUGUUAAAGAUCAGUGUUGUUCUCUGAGACGGAUCAACAAUCAGAUGAGCUGAGACUCGUGAGCAGAUUCCUUCUCUUGAAGACAAAUAGACCAGAAGUGAGAUGAAUGUAUUUCCGCGUCUCACACGAAAGCAAGAAGCACUCGACGUUAAUCAGAUUUGUUACCAACUCUGUAUGAUUUUCUGCACUUUUUCCAUGUCACUGUCCAAUGUGUGUAGAAACAAAAGAAGUAGAGAUUGACAUUCCAUUGGCCCUAAAAGGUUGGAACCUCUUCAUUUUUUACUUUUGUUAUGUUUGUUUGUGUGUAUCUGCACAGUUCAUUGUCUCUUUACACUGUAUGACUUGAAUCGACUGCAGCGUCGGAUACGUAGAUACACAAACAUGGGAACGUUUGUACUGCUGAUACUGAAAGGAUUGAGUGCUGAAAUACAGUGUGUCGUAUUUAAAAGGGGAAUUUACAUCUGUGUAAUGUACUGUACCAUGGAACUGACCUUGUCAACUGUAUUUGUGUCGCAAUUCUUUUUAAAUUAAAUAAUGCUCUAUGCACAUGGAAGCAAA